AUGUUUCAAAUGAAUUUGAAAGAGCCUAGAAUAUUGUACCUGUUACUUUUUCUAACUAAUUUGUGUGGUCAAAUACUGGCUAGCAAUUAUAAUCAGUACAUAGAUAGAUUAAUAAAUGAUGGGAAACUAUUGUAUGAUGAUUAUAUAAAACAGAAUCCUGGUUUAGAAUCAACAUUAGAACGUUUAUAUUCACCGGAACAUCCAAUUUUUCAAGAUGAUUAUCCAGAAAAUUAUGAAAUUACUGAUCGACAAUGGAAUGCAUUAUUAAAUGAAAUCAAUCAAGCUAAAUUAGGCAGACUACAAGAAGAUGAUAUUGAUAAACUAAAAUUGAUGUAUUCAAAUUUCGACCAAAAAUCAAAUGAUAAUUACGAAUUGAAUCCAAAUAAAAAUAAUAAUGAUAAAGUUUUACAUGAACCAGGUUUAACAGAACGUCGAAAUGAAAUCGCUUACCAAAAUCCCCUAUGGGGUGAACAUAAAGUUUCUGGAGGUUCCAGUGAAACAGGUCAGUGGAUAGAUUAUGCCUUAGUGGGAGCUGGAGCACAAGAUACAUCAGCUGAUAAUUUAAAUCUAUCUAGUGAGCUAGAAUCAUCUCAUAUAGAAUCCAAACUUGAUAAUUUACCUGCUUAUUGUGAUCCACCUAAUCCAUGUCCAUUAAAUUAUAAAUCAAAUGAUUUACCAACACCAUGUGAUCAAGAAAUUGAAGAUACCAUUGAAUUUAAUCGACAUUGGAUAAUAAGAAAAAUGCAAAAUGGUGAAUGUUCAUGUGAUAAUGAACAUAUGGAUAAUUGUCCAGUUGAAUCAAAUGACAAUGGACAUAAAAAUAAUUUUGUGUCGGAACAAAAGACUGAUGAGAAAAUUUUCUUGGUAAAUCCAUAUCUUCGAGGAGAAAGUCGUAAAAGGCUGGUAGCUAAAAAACGAGUUAAACGUACACAUAUUCCUCGUUACAAUCCUUAUUUAUUGGGUAGUAUUCAUAAAACUGCAGUGAAAAAAAUUGGUCCAUAUAAACCAUCACAAGAGAAAUAUAUGUAA